GCUCGCUGGCACCACCUGUCGUUGGAGGCAGCUGGACCUACCAUAGAAACAUCGGGGGCCGGCCGUGGGUGCAGCACAGUUAUCCCAGGCUGAAGAGGAACGGCCGUGAAAAUGACAGGGAAAGUUGUCCCAGCAGGAAAAUUGACGCAGAGGCAUCACCCCGCUGUUGUGGGGUCUCUGUCUGGAACAGCGCGUCCUGACCGCCUGUCCUGCUGCGGGACAAGCAGCUCUGCUAAAGGCUGCGCUAGUUCUGUUUCAAAGGGGGUUUUUUUGUUGUUGUUGUUUUUUUUUUUUUUCUUUGUUUGUUUUGCUUGUUGAUCACCUAGGACUGUUCCUAAAUUCCUAGAUUUAUACCAGUGGGUUGCAGGAUUUUUUCCUACUGGUGGAUUUCCAAUCGUAGAAUAUUCUGCAUUGGAAGGGACCCAUAAGAAUCAUCGAGUUCAGCUCCUGGCCCUGCACGGGACAACUCUGAGAAUUCCACUAUGUGCCUGAGAGUGUUGUCCAAACCUUUGCUAAUGUCCAAACCUUUGGUCCUUUCUCCCCAGAAUGUGCAGGUGCUGAACUCCAUGGAGAACUCCCUGGCUGUCAGCUGGGAUCCAGGGACUGAUGUGGAUAUUUACCUCCUGACCUAUUAUCCAGUUGGGUAUGAAAUGUUGGUGAAACAAAUCCAUGUGCCCAAAGAACAGCUCAGCUAUGAGAUUGUGAGAUUUCACCCUGGCACCAUGUACAUUGUCACACUUCAUCACAUUGUGACGGAGAUUGCCAGUGAGGCCAAGCAUCUAGAAGCAAGUACAGGUAGGAACAGGCCUGAAACAGAACAUGAGGCCACUGUCAUACCUAUGAAAGACAACACAGAGGGGAAACCAUCCUCAGUGACUGGCAGGACUGGAGUAGAUGGCCCAACCAAUGUGACAGCCAACCGAGUGACAGAAGAUACCACCACUGUCUCAUGGAAUAAGGUGGAGGCUCCCUUAGACAGGUACAUGGGGAGAUCCACCUCGGCUGGUGGAGACCCCAAGGAAAUACAGGAGGGCAGUGAAAAUGACAUGAUCAACUUACUGGAUCUGAAGCCAGACAUGGAAUAUGUGAGCAACAUCUGGGCAGAGAAGCAGCCUCAGAGGAGCAAGAAGGUAAGCACUAGAGUUGUGACAGAAAUUGACAGCCUGGCUCACCUGGUCACUGACCAAGUGACAGAAGCUACAGCCACCAUCUCCUGGGACAGGGCCCAGACUCAUAGGUACAUGGUGAACUACACCUCUGUUGGUGGUGACAAAGAGGAGAUGGAAGUGGGGAACAACAAGACUACCAUGACUCUGACAGAACUGAAACCUGGCAUUGAUGUCAUCCUCCUCUGGGCAGAGACAGGAACCAGACAGAGCAAAAUGAUCAGCUCUGAGGCUGUGGCAGAAUGGACAGCCUGGACAAAGAGUCUGGUAACUGACCAAGUGACAGAGGACUCAGCCACCAUCUCCUGGGACAGAGUCCGAGCUCCUGUAGACAGGGAUGUGGUGAGCUGCACUUGUGCUGAUGAGCACACCAAGGAAACAGAAGUGUGGAAGCACAGGAGCAUUACCACUCUGCCAGGUGCCUCCUCCUGCUUUGCUGAUGGACAGUUUUCCUGCUCUGUUCACUCAGUGAGCUUCCUCUGCCUGUAUCCCCCAGACUCCAGCCAGGUGCAGCAGAAUAGAAAUGCCCCCAGUGGCAUGUACACCAUUUACCUGAACAGGGAUGGCAGCAGGCUGCUGCAGGUGUACUGUGACAUGAGUACUGACAGAGGCAGGGGGAUACUCAGUGGGGCUCUGCUCCUCUUCCUGGUUUUUGAUGAAUGUAAUAACAUGGACAUGAUACAAAUGUUAGUUGAGGCUCCUUUCUCUCUGCUGCACUCCUGUGUUUCAGCCCCUCCCCAAAUGGAAUUGUCUUUUCUUUCUAGCUUUCGAGAUUUGUGUGGAUUUGUGGAGAGCCAGGGAGUCUGUGCUGUCUAUGAGUUCCUCCAGGUUGUCUCAAGCAGGGACAGAACCAGGCUGUCAGUGGGGAGUUAGAGAGGCAAUGCAGGGGAUGCAAGGACCUACCACAAUGGCUGGAAGUUCACAACAUUGGAAGGGGACAAUGAUGUGGCUCUCAGCAACUGUGCCCUGACACACCACAGUGCAUUGUAGUACAAGAACUGCCAUCUGGCCAACCUCAAUGGGAAGCACGGGGAGAACAAUCACUGUGAAGGGGUGAACUGGGAGUCAUGGAAAGGACACGAAUUCUCCAUCUCUUUUAUGGAGAUGAAGAUCUGUCCUCAGUCUUCCAGUAAUGAGCCAGUCCUGGGGAGAAGGAGGAAGUCCUUAUCAGAGAAGAGGAAAAAGAUCAGGGCUUUCAUGGAACCCUCUGCAGAACAAUACCCAAAGAGAAUGAUUCAGUAUUUCUUAACAAAGUUUGAUUCAGACAGCUUUCUCCAAUGCAAAGGAGACAAUAGCUGACCAAUGUGCACUCAGGGACAUCUGGAUCUGCAGGCCAACCUGCUGCCAGCCUUUGGAGCUCCUGGUGGGUGAUGUUCCAGAGGGGGAGGGGGCUUGUGGGGGAUCCUGCUUGUAGAUACUCUUGUUGGUUAAGCAUGACAAGGACCUGCUUGAUCCAAUACAUGCAACUUCUGUGAACUUUAUGUAAAACAAGCCUUAACACGUUGUUCUUUCUGAGACCUGGGCUGCAGACUUCUCUUAAUUCUGCCCUUCCCUGGUGCCAUCCACUUCAGACUUGGAAAAACAAAUUUGAACCUACUAACAAAUAAUAGCUCCCUAAUUUACAUCACAGUGAACUUUUCUGAGACUAUCACCUCUCCCUGUUUUGGUCUGCAGUUCUCAUUACUUGGGCACAUUCCCUAUUCUUCCUGCAGAACUGGGUUUUGGGAAAUGCUGCCAGUCUGCUGGCAAGGCUCAUUAACUCAUGUGUGUUCUGUAGACUGGGUUCCUCAGCCUCCAGUAUCACAUCUCUGUGCAUUAAAAUCUUGCUAAUUUGCUUGUGUCAUUUUUCUGAGCCCAGAGAAAAUACGAAGGAGAUAUGCAGUAGAUUGAUGUUCACUCUCCAGGGUGAGGCCCAGAACAGGUUGAAUGUAAGGUCCACUCUCUUCCAGGCUCUGCUUACCAUCCCAGACCUACCUCUCUGUACUGCUUGCUUACAAUUAACCAAAUUCCCUGUGUGACUGUUCCAUCUGCUGCCUUCUGCUUUUUCAUCAGCAGUAUGGCAGGUAGUGAUGCUGAUAACACUUGUCAUCCACCUCUAAAAUGAGCAUCCCUUGGAGUUAAACUAAUCCUGUGUGCCCCAGUGCAUGGUUUCACAUUUGACUGCUUUUUUUUUUUUUU